CACCGACACUCAAAAGCAUUGAAUCGACUCUCUCUCUCUCUCUCUCGACUAUUGAAUUGAACUCGAAUCUUGCAUUAAUGGCGUCCUGAUCAGAUCCGAUGAUUGAUUAAUCUGUUGUAGCAGUUGUUCUUGUCGUGGGACAAGUGAUUGUGGCUCGUAUGAAGUACUUACUUCGUCGUCUUCCUUCAUUUCCUAUCAACUCAAAUAACCUCGAUGUUUUGGCGCGUAGUCACACUCUUUGGCAGAUUCUUUGUCUUAUUGACUAAUUAUUCGAUGUCAAGGCCAGGAGAGGACUUAAUUACACUUGAUUCUUUUUGUUGAAAGAGGUUCUCUGUUGUCAACUUGUAUCUGCAAGUUUGUUGAUUGAGGAGAAAAUAAAUAAUGGCAGGAGAGGAAGAACGGGUAGAACUUAAAUUCCGUGUAUAUGAUGGCACGGAUAUUGGUCAUAAUAACUACGUUGCAUCUACUACUAUUGCAACACUCAAGGAAAGGCUGGUGGCCGAGUGGCCUCAAGGCAAAACAGUCAUUCCUAAGUCAGUAAAUGAUGUGAAACUCAUAUAUGCUGGGAAAGUCUUGGAGAACAACAAGACACUGGCCGAGUCCAGAAUAAUCUUUGGUGAUCAACCUGGUGGAGUUAUUACAAUGCAUGUAGUAGUGCAGCCUUCUAUAUCCAAGAAGAAGACAGACAAGAACGAGGAGGAGAUGCCAAAGAUGAACGCUUGCACAUGUACAAUCCUUUAAUAAGACAAAGCCCUUCACAACACUUCUAUUACCGAGCGAGCUAAGCAGAUUCCCCCCUCCCCACUCAAAGUUUGCAUUUUCCAUUCUGUUAUACAAAAUUAGUUAGGUUCAAUAGCCCCAACUUAUCAUCAAAGUUGGCCCAUUUUUGUUAUUUGUACUUGCUUCCUAUGAUGUUAUUCUCCAUAUUGUAAUCAUUCUUGUACAAGUUAGCUCAAAAUAUAUACUGCAUGUUUGACCUCUCUUAAAACCGGAAGAAAUAAUGGGAAAGAGCCACUGUCAGUGUCGGGGAAAGGUGAAGGCAUCAUGUCAUAAGAUCCUUGAAACAUGAAGGAUUAUUGUAACUUAGUAUAGCCUAUUCCACUGCUUAAAUCUUAAUAGAGUACAGGCAUGUUUAAAUAUGCAAUUCAACAUUUAAUCA